GCAACGACAACGAGACAUUCAAUUAAAAAGAAAAACUGAACAAAAUAGGCUCCUCCCAUUCAUCGGGUCUCGUUGCUAGGCAACGUGUCGCUAUAGAACCUCCUUCGUGUCCGCAACGUACGGGGAAUUGCAUACGUUUGAUAUAAAAAGAAACCACGAAUUGAAAGUAAUGGAAAAGCAGGAUUGCUGAUAAGUCAAAAAUAAGGUAACGUUAGAAGGCCUACUCUGAAUGUCUAUAGUUGGAUAUUCUUGGAGAAGUAGUAAGGACGAUGUCCUACAGGGGACCUAAAGAGCACGGCCCCUUAGCGUCUGAAGGGCGAGACUACAACGAUGGAGGGCGAGAUUAUGAUGAGGGCCUGAGGAGUAGGGAGGAAGAGGAGCCUGUUGAUGAACCAGAGAAGGAUAAAGCAAAGACCUCCAAAGUCUACGCGGCAGCUGAUACUCUUUUAGCGACGGAGGAAUCUUCAAUGGGAACACAUGCCCUGAGCCCCGAUUGGUCCUUUGGGAUCAAUUAUACUCUUCCUGUCUUCAAUUUGCAAGACCGAGAUCAGCUCGUGAUUCUGUACGCUGGUGCGCAUGUUGGCGUAAUUUACAACCACACCUCCACCUCCCAGCACCUCCUUCAGGGUCACGGGGGUCCUAUCUCAUGUCUGUGUAUGAGUGAAGACAGGCGAUGGCUUGGGACAGCCGAUAAUGGGCGGGAACCCCUGCUUAUUAUUUGGGACUCCUACACCGGGAUUCCCGUCCACACUCUGUUCAACGGUCCCACUGAAGGGAGCGUCAUAGCUCUGGCCUUCUCUAAAGACGCCAAAUACCUGGCGACCCUCGGGGGGGGAGAACAGCAGUGCGUACAUAUCUGGGAUUGGACAAAUGAACAAGAUACACCUUUGUGGGUUGCUAAUCUCUAUUCUGAACUUGGUUUUCAAAGUUACAUCAUUUUCAAUCCUGGUGAUAGCACUGAGUUGCUCAGCAACAGCGAUAGCCAAGUGCUGUUUUACAAAGCCACUGAAGGAAACCUGGAAUACAUUGCGCCUUAUCUCAAUGACAAGAGUUUCAACCAAUCUGUUGGCUCUCUGGGUCAGUCUCUGUUCCACUGGCGGGGCCAGCAGGCCCUCACCGCCACGUCCGCAGGGAACCUGGUACUGUGGGAUGAGGGGGAAGAGGCAGCAGGACGGAAUGCCAUCAAACUCCUGCCCCUUCAGAGAGAAGCCAUCACCGUGCUCACCUCCACGGACAGAUGGAUUGUGACAGGCGAUGUCCUAGGCCAUAUCAAAUUUUAUGAUGAGAACUUCCGGCUCAUGAGCUGGUACAGUGAAUUCAGCCUGGAUGCCAUAGCCUCCAUCUCCUUCUCUAAAGACGCCGCCCCUGAACCCAGCCAGGACUAUCCAGAGAGCUGCAUUCUGGCAGACCAGCCUUUUGUCAGCAGGAGCUUUGUUGUGUCCACAGUGAGGGCCACUGUAGUUCACGUGAAGACCCCAGGCGGGGGACCCCAGACCCUGCUGAGAGAGCACUGUGCGCCCCUGCAUGCGGUGGCCUGUCAUCCCAGACGGCCCAUCCUGGCCAUGGGGAGUCACAAUGGCAUUUUGAAAGUGUGCGACUACAACACCAAACUCACCCUCGCCAGCAGAGUGUAUGAAUCAGAAAGGAUUCAAUGUUUGAUCUUUGACCCCCAAGGGUUCUAUGUGGCUGUGGGCUUUGCCAGUGGAGCGGUCCAUAUACUGGAUGCCUCUUCUUUACACAGCGAUGCAGAGGACUGCUUUCAUUUCAGUGACAAUAGCAUCACUCACAUCACCUUCUCCCUGGACUCCAUGUAUCUUGCCACUGCUGACACUGGGAAAGCGGUUACAGUAUUCCACCUGCAUAGCUCUCCUGGCUCAACAACACAGCAAUGGCAACUGGUUGGACGACACAUCUCCCACUACAAGCCCAUCAGAGAGCUGCUGUUUGGGGUACACCUCGACAGCACCCGGCCUCGGCUGCUGUCUUUGGCCAUGGACCGCAGACUGGUGGAGUACGACCUGGACAGCAGUAUGGAGCAGCAGCUGUUGGUGCUGAGUGCAGAGCGCGUGGAGCAGAGUGCGGUGCCGCAGUGUAUGACUUGGUACCCCCCACUCAGCACUGAGCGUUUCCUCCUCACCGCCUCGGACCAGCACAAGAUGAAGCUCCUAAACAGCACCACCAACAUGUGCAGAAAGACUCUUCUGGGGCCAACUUAUGAAUCUCCGGUCCAGAAGAUGGUUGUUCUGCCGGGGUCCAGUUACACCUACUACCUGGCCUUCAUUACAAAGGACAAGGUUGGGCUCCAGAUUCUCCCCCUGGAUGGAAACCCCUACAGCAGCCUGGCGGUGGUCUGCCACCCAGGGGGGGUCUCCCAGCUGGUCUGUUCCUUCGACGGCCGCUUCGUCUUCACCUCAGGGGGGGCAGACGGCACCGUUCUCCGCUGGCGUAUCAACCCACAUGCGUUACAGGCCACUGCCGCCCUCGGAGGCUCCCACCUGGACCCUUUCUACGCCCUGUUGGAGGGAGGAAGAGGAGGGACCCUCUGCCGGGAAAUGGAAGACCUUUUCUAUUACUGCCAGCUCCGUCACCAAGGCAUUGACUCCAUGGCACCGCGGCAGGUGUCCACUAGUAUACCGCUAACUGAGGUUCCGUUCCUGAUGAGAGCUCUGGGCUUCUUCCCUUCUGAGCAAGAGCUUGAAGACAUGCAGAAUGAAGUCAAGUUCAGUAAAUACGCCGAAACGGGUAAGUAUGUAAAGGAGGUGGACUUGGCAGAGUUUCUCAGGCUGUACAUCAACCACCGGCCCGCCUUCGGCAUCUCCAGGAAGGAGUUGGCAGAAAGCUUCAGGGUCCUGGGUUUCUGGGACGGGUCGGGACAGAUGGCCAUCCCUAGAGAUCAACUUCUGGAACUUCUUCAGGCCAGAGGUGAACACAUGCGGGAGGAUGAGGUGGUGGAGUGUCUAACUGUCCUAUCAGGAGAACACAUGAGAGAGGAGGUGGAGGGGGAGGGGAUACUUCCAGCUACGGGGGCCUCUGAGAAGCAUGCCGCUAAUGAAGAAUACUCAUUGGACUGUGUCAUACCAGAGUCGAUAUCUGCAGAGACAUUCACGGGUCAUAUUCUGGGCUUCCCUUCAUGUAUGAAGACAAGGGACAAGUCAUGUCCUUCAGAGUAAAAGCACACCAAUCAGCUUACUGUCAGCUCAUUAAUGUUAGUAUGUGUCUUUACUUUCUAUUAAAUAUAUAAAUACAUUUAAAAUUAGAAGUUAGUCGGAUUUGCUGGUGCUUAUUAAUAGCCCACAUAUGUAUUGCUUAACUGCAUUACUAGCCUAUACUUUAUUAGGCUAGUAUUUUAUUAGUAGUUUAUUAACGCAUAGAAAAUCAAACAACAUAAGUUAAGCAUACAAAAGAAUACUGUACACAGGAACUUUGCAUCAUGAUAACAUGUUAUAUGCUGUCAAACUGCAAGAAUAAGUUUAGGAUCAACAUGAAAGAACUUUUUUUUGUCCUCGACUUUAGUCUGAAUAAAUACAUACAAAACGUCGGUUAAGUGGUCCUUCAUGAAGUAUUUACAUUUUCCACACUUAUUUCUGCAGGCUGUUCAUCAUCAUUCCCCGCCAACUCCUGCACAAAUAGGUCACGUUUUUUUCUUUCUACAACAGACAUGU